AUGGGUCCCCUUCCUAUCGUUCUACGCUUAUCCUCUUCCUCCUUCCUCCCCCUUCCUCCAGCCCCCAAACCGCAAAACCCAGCGGCCACCACCAUGGCACCGGCCGCCAUGGCGUUCCAGGCGCUCACCUUCUCGCCCCUCCACCUCCCCGCCACGCGGCGCCGGGCCCGCGUGCUCGCCGUGGCGGCCGACCAGACCCCUCCGCCCCCGCAGGCCUCCCCCUCGGAGCCGGCGAACAGCCCGAGCCGGCUCCUCCGGGAGCUCGCGCAGCGGAAGAAGGCCGUCUCGCCCAAGAAGAAGCACCCGCCGCGGCGGUUCAUCCUCAAGCCGCCGCUCGACGACGAGCGCCUCACCCAGCGGUUCCUCAACAGCCCGCAGCUGUCGCUCAAGUCGCUGCCGCUGCUCUCCUCCUGCCUCCCCUCCUCGCCGCUCUCCGCCGCCGACCGCACCUGGAUGGACGAGUACCUCCUCGAGGCCAAGCAGGCGCUCGGCUACCCGCUCGCCCCCUCCGAGACGCUCGGCGAGGGCGACGACUGCCCCGCGCGCCACUUCGACGUCCUCCUCUACCUCGCCUUCCAGCACCUGGACCCCUCCUCCGAGCGCACGCGCACGCGCCACGUGCGGAACGGCCACUCCAGGCUGUGGUUCCUGGGCCAGUUCGUGCUGGAGCUCGCCUUCUGCGAGUUCUUCCUGCAGAGGUACCCCAGGGAGUCCCCUGGCCCGAUGCGGGAGCGGGUCUUCGCGCUCAUCGGGAAGAAGAUGCUGCCCAAAUGGAUCAAGGCGGCCAGCCUGCAUAAUUUGGUGUUUCCUUACGACGAUUUGGAUAAGAUGAUACGGAAGGACAGGGAACCGCCCACGAAGGCUGUGUUCUGGGCAUUAUUUGGAGCUAUAUAUCUGUGCUUUGGAAUGCCUGAAGUCUAUCGUGUUCUCUUUGAGGCGUUCGGGAUGGACCCUGAAGAAGAGAGCUGUCAGCCAAAACUGCGGCGUCAACUAGAAGACGUUGAUUAUGUUUCAGUGGAGUUUGAGAAGAGACAACUCGCAUGGCAAGAUGUUGCUGCCUACCGGCCACCAGCGGAUGCCCUUUUUGCUCAUCCUAGGCUUUUCCGAGCAUGUGUGCCACCAGGCAUGCAUCGUUUCAGAGGAAACAUUUGGGAUUUUGAUAAUAGACCCAAAAUCAUGAACAUCCUAGGAUACCCCUUGCCAGCGAAUGAUAAAAUUCCAGAAAUUACAGAAGCAAGGAAUAUAGAACUUGGACUUGGCCUCCAGCUGUGCUUCAUGCAUCCCUCAAAAUACAAGUUUGAGCAUCCAAGAUUUUGUUUUGAGCGUCUGGAAUAUGUUGGUCAGAAGAUCCAGGAUCUAGUAUUGGCAGAGAGGCUGCUCAUGAAGCAUCUCGACGCACCUGGCAGGUGGUUGUCAGAGAAGCAUAGGAGGUUGUUGAUGAACAAGUAUUGCGGGCGGUACCUGCGGGACAAGCACCUUCACCACUACAUUAUAUACGGGGAGACUGUACAGGACAGAUUCGAACACAACCGCCGGCUGAGAAAUCCUUCCACGACUGCUGUCCAGCAAGCGAUACACGGGCUCUCGUACUGCGUCUACGGCAAGCCUGAUGUGCGGCGCUUGAUGUUCGAGGUGUUUGACUUCGAACAGGUCCAGCCGAAAGCUGUAUGA